GACCUGGGAAAUUCUCUAGCUUCCAACCCCGAGGCGCAUUCCGGCCUUACCGCGGUGCGUCCUGGGAGUGGUAGUUCUCUCUUUUCCGAGCGAGAAUGGCGCCAGGCGGGAGCAGGAUGCCAAGAAAACUACAUGGAGGAGGCGGGGUCCAGGGCUAGGAAUCUACGCGGUUAGCAGUGGCGAAGGCGGCUAUAUCGGCAGCAUGAAGCGGACCCCGACGGCCGAGGAACGAGAGCGCGAAGCUAAGAAACUGAGGCUUCUUGAAGAGCUUGAAGACACGUGGCUUCCCUACCUGACCCCCAAAGACGAUGAAUUCUAUCAGCAGUGGCAGCUGAAAUAUCCUAAACUCAUUCUCCGAGAAGCUGCCAGCGUUCCUGAGUUGCUCCAUAAAGAGGUUCAACAAGCCUUUCUCACGUUGCAUGAGCGCGGCUGUUUAUUUCGGGAUCUGGUGAGGAUCCAGGGCAAGGACUUGCUCACUCCAGUCUCUCGCAUCCUCAUCGGUAACCCUGGCUGCACCUACAAGUACCUGAACACCAGGCUCUUCACGGUACCCUGGCCCGUGAAAGGCUCUGAUGCAAAGUACAACGAGGCCGAGAUAGCUGCCGCCUGUCAAACCUUCCUCAAGCUCAACAGCUACCUGCAGGUAGAGACCAUCCAGGCUUUGGAAGAGCUGGCUGCCAAGGAGAAGGCCAACAUCGAUGCCGUGCCAGUGUGCAUAGGCCCCGAUUUCCCUAGGGUUGGCAUGGGGUCCUCCUUUGACGGGCACGAUGAGAUCGACAUGAAGAACCGAGCAGCGUACAACGUCACUUUGUUGAAUUUCAUGGAUCCCCAGAAAAUGCCAUACCUGAAAGAGGAGCCGUACUUUGGCAUGGGGAAAAUGGCCGUGAGCUGGCAUCAUGAUGAGAACCUGGUGGACAGGUCAGCGGUGGCAGUGUACAGUUAUAGCUGUGAAGGCCCUGAAGAGGAAAGUGAGGAUGACCCUCAACUUGAAGGCAGAGAUCCUGAUAUUUGGCACGUUGGUUUUAAGAUCUCGUGGGACAUAGAGACACCUGGUUUGGCGAUACCCCUUCACCAAGGAGACUGCUAUUUUAUGCUUGAUGAUCUCAAUGCCACCCACCAACACUGUGUUUUGGCUGGUUUACCACCUCGGUUUAGUUCCACCCACCGAGUGGCAGAGUGCUCGACGGGGACCUUGGAAUACAUCUCACAGCGCUGCCAGGUGGCCCUGCAGAAUGUCCGCGAUGAGGCAGACAACGGGGAAAUCUCUUUGAAAUCCUUGGAGUCGGUGGUUUUGAAACAAGGAGAAGAAAUCCACAACGAGGUCGAGUUUGAAUGGCUGAGACAGUUUUGGUUUCAAGGCAGUCGACACAAAAAGUGUACUGACUGGUGGUAUCAGCCCAUGAGUCAGCUGGAAGAGAUGUGGAGGAAGAUGGAGUGGUUGACAAGCGCUGUGCUUCGUGAAGUUAGAAGAGAGGGGAUCUCCAUGGAGCAAAAGAAUGAGAUGUUGACGUCCAUCCUCGCCGCGAUCACCACUCGCCAGAACCUGAGGAGAGAGUGGCAUGCCAGGUGGAAGCUGAAUCAACCAAAGGAAUUAAGGGAGAAAGAAAAAGGCACUGAGUCGACGCCACACAGACGUGCAUUCAGGGAUCUGGUGAAGAGCAUAUGAAGCACCUUGUCCAAAACCACUGUAAAACAUGAAUAAGUAGCGUGUAAAGCCAAGUCACGAUUACCGUUAUUGUUAUUCAAAAGAAUUAUUUAGAUUUUUAGAACUGCUGCUGUCCAGAACAGAAGCACUGGGCUUUUUCGGGAUGGCUAAUAAAAACAUCAAGAAUUCACCAGGAGUCCAUUGCUUGCCUGCAAAUGAACAUGCAGACUUUUCAUUAUCCUUGGAGGAGAAUGUCUCUGUGGAGUGUGAGGAAAAGGGAAGGCGUUUCAUUUGUACAGCUGCUCAUAUAAAUUGCAAAACUUCUGGGAGCUGAAGUCCGAGGUACGGCAGUAGCUUAUAAAGAAAUGCAGUGAGUGCUGUAUUAAAGAUUCCUUGUCGCGGGCACUCAUUGCCCAGAAAUCGGAAUGCUCUAUCUUGUCACUGACAUUUUGUGAACAAGCAGCCUGUAUUGGAUGGUGAUAAAUGGAUUAUCUUAAAUGUCAUUCUGCACUGUUUUAGAGUUGCAAGGAGAGUUUUGAUAUUGAGUUGUUGGUUAGUAUAUUCUAUACCAAUCCUUUAUGAUGAAAUAAUCUCCUCAAGUUACAUCUAGAAAUGUCAAAGUUGCUUAUUUCUUCAAUCACCCGUAGCAAUGUUUCCAUUACGAGAUAUGCAGAGCAGAUUGUGUAAUAAUGUCAAACUAUUUAUAGAAAUGUUUCCUAGGAAUCUCUUCUCUCCUUGAGUUGUUUGUGUAUUUAAUACUAGAGAUUUGUUUUUAUAUUUAUGUAUAGUUUUCUAUUUCUAAAUUAACUUCAGCUGAGGUUGUUUCACUAGUCUUUAUAGAGAGUGCAUUUAAAAAUUGAUAUUAGCAUUCAAAAUAAAACUAAGGCCAGCCUAACCUUUUUAAAAUAUAAAGAUCUAUUUCGUAUGGUUUCCAAUAUUGUAAUAUUCAUGU